UCGCUGUGGCAGUCCAGGCCAUGGCGCUGCUGCUGGCGCUCCUGCUGUUGCUGCUGCGCGUGGGUCCCGCCCACGCCGCCGCCGUGCGUCUCGCCGCCGCUCACCGCGAAGACAACAUUGCGCUCGCCUGCAGCCUCGCUUGCCCACUACAGAAUGAUACUGAAGGAGAUUUCGAUGUUGGAUGCGGGAGUAUAUGCAAAAUAGAACAGUGUUCAAGAGGAUGCUCAUCAUGGCAACAGGCUCUCGAAUCAUCCUGUCAGACCAUUUGUAAUGGCACUCAGACCUUAUUGCCGCCAAAGCAGCUUUACUGUUUCAUUGGUUGCAAUGAUGCGCUUAGUCGCUAUUUUCAGUUAUUAAAAGAGAAUUUGGGACAAUUGCCUGCUCCUGCCCUUGUGGCAGACUCACUAACUGCAACAUCCCUGCGACUUGAUUGGGAUGGUCCACAGCCUCCAAAUGCAAGUAUCUUCGUGCAGUCGUUUAUUGAGGGCUCUUCAGCUCUGCAGUCCUGGCACUACUGUCAGAAUCAGACAUGGAUCUCUCCCUCUACCAUUUCAGUAGAAGGCCUCACACCAUACACCAAGUACAGAUUUCGGAUUGCACUUCUUCUAUCACCUCACUUUAGUGAGCCAGUGACAUCAGAACCAAGUGUGGUCAUCAGUACACUCCCAGCUGGUGUACCAUCAUCACCGCCACAAAUUGUGAGAGCAACAGCUGUUGACAGUAGCCGCAUCUCUGUGUCAUGGCAGCCCGGUCCCUUUCCCAAUGGACCUGUCUUGUCUUAUGUGUUACAUAUCAGCGAAGUGCUAGGGGGCUAUUCUGCCCUCAAGGAUGUGCCUGCAUCAGAACAGACUGGAUCAUAUAUGUUUACAAAUGUUGAGGCAAACAAGACAUACAGUUUAUCUGUCGCAAUGAGAAACUCUGUUGGUCAAGGACCUUCAGUUUCCACUUUUGUAACGACUCCUCCAGAGCAGAAAGUAAAUGACAGCAGCACAACAGUGCAGCCAGUACUUAUUCUUGCAGCUGAAGAUGCUAUUAUAAGGCAGUCAAGGGAUAUGGUGGAUGAACCUGUUGUCAUUUAUAAGACAAAAGAGAAAAUUAAGGGGAUAGCAGUUCACACAUGGAAGAGACUGCUGUUUGUGUCUGAUUCUGAAGGCUAUGUUUUGAGGACAUCGAUUUCUCAUUAUGAUUCACCAGUUACUAUUCUAACUCAUGCUCAUACAGGCUUUAUGCCGUGGGAUCUGAGUGUGGACUGGCUAAAUGAUCAGUUGUACAUGCUUGCAGAGAUAUCAGACUCACCAAGAAAACGAUGGCAAAUUGCACGGUGCAGUUUGGAUGGUCGAAGCCUUACCAUUGCAGUUGCUGGCUUUUUUACUAAACCACAUCAUAUUGAAGUUGAUCCUUACAAUGGAUAUUUAUUCUGGGUGAUAAAAGGUACUUCAAAAUCUGGAUUGUACCGAUUAGAUCUUGCUAAUAUCAGCAAUGGAGUUAAACAUGAAACACGGCCUGACAUUAUUCUAGAGGAUCAUUACUUGGGGGCUUUCACAGUUGACCACACUAAUUUCCAUUUGUUGGUGGCAAAUAAAACUCAAAACACAGUUACAUCUGUAAGGAUAGACGGGCAUGAAGUGUAUGAUUUUCGCUACAACACCCAACAGCCAAUGUUUCAAGAUGUGGUGUCACUUGCUCGGGCAAAUGGCUUAUUCUACUGGACCAAUGGAGUUCAAAUAUUUUCUGAAGAGUAUCAUAAAGAGACAAAUAGUUAUUAUCAUUUUGCGUUUCCUGAAGUGGAUCACAGAUAUGUUGCUGUCUGUGUAGACUUACCAUCUACACAACCAAUGCCAGUUCCAGUAAAUCCACCUACAAAUGUUCAAGCCGUUUUAGGUACAGAUAUUGCAAAAGUGUCCUGGCAGGCACCACAUCUGCUUGGAGGACAAGGGAAAGGAGCAUGGCAGAACUGGUCAUAUGAACUCCAUAUUGAAGAUGUAGUCCGUAAUGUAACAAUAUUCAAGCAAGGAAUUAACACUACUUCCUGUACUGUUCAAAAUUUAGUGGGAAAUAGCAAAUACAUUAUCAAAACUGCCGCCUACACUAGUGCUGGAAAAGGUCCUUGGUCAUCAGAGUUUAAAGGGAAGACACUGAAAUCUCGCACUGAUGGGAAAUACCCAUCGGUAAUCUGGUCUGCUGCAGAGGGAUUGCUAAAAUCAGAUAUUAUGGGUGAAAAUGUAGAGACUUUGGUACACAAAUCAAAUUUGAAGGAUGAACAUGGUGAAUAUCACAUCACAGACAUUGCUUGGUAUGAUGAUAAACUGUACUUAGUUACAAAUACAACUCAUGUUUAUUGGUUCAAUUUAACAAGUCAUAAGAGAGGAAAAAUAAAAGAAAUUGAUUCCGUUGGGAGUAUUGCUGUAGACUGGUUGGGAAAAAAGUUAUAUUGGUCCAGUCCUAAACAGCAGUUGAUCAUUAGAGGAAACCUGAAUGGUACUCACCAGGAACCAUUACGAAUUCUUACAGUAGCAAAGGAGCUAAAUAUUGAUUCAGUUCAUGCAUACAUUUAUUGGUCAACAGGUCAUUCUGUUGAAUGUUCCAGGCUCAAUGGUGAAGACAGGCAUUCAUAUUAUCCUGCAGAACUCUUUUCUGGAAAACAAGUUAUGGGCUUAACUCUGGAUAUGGAUCAGCAAUUGGUGUUUUGGAUAGUGAGAAGCUAUGAAGGUUCAAAAUUGUUUCGAGCUCCAAUGGCAAGUGAUGUAAGGACUAAUAUUGAUAGCUUGGAAAUUGUGACAUCAGAGUUACAACAUCCAAAUAUGCAGGGACCACUUUGUUACUUUAGUAAUCGCCUAUUGUGGCUUCAAGAUGAUAGAAAUGCAGUUAUUGGUGAUAUGAAUGGUCAAAAUGCUGCAGUAAUUAGAGGAAUGAGUAUUUCUGGACUCAACAUGGUGGCUGUAUUUGAUCCUUCUUUGCAUUAUUAUCCUGAUCUUGACUGUUGUGAUGAAGUAACAGUGAUUCCAUCACCUAUCAAUACAUCAUCAAUAAGAAUUAAUGGCACAUGGAAGUCAUUUGCCAUAGUUUGGGAUCAUGUUUCAAAUGUGAACUAUGGAAAGGUCUUCUAUGAAAUUAAAAUCAAUGAUUUCAUUAAAGUUGUAGAUGUCCCAUACCUUAUGUAUGAGAUACCUGAACUUCUGGCACCAUAUUCUCAACUGUUUAUUGUGAUCAAUGCCUUCACAUAUUGGGGAACAUCUCCUCGAGCUGAGAAGAGGCUAUACUCACCACCAUCAGUUCCAUCAGUUCCAACAAAUCCUCGUGUGUUUGUGAUGUAUGAGAGAAAUCCUGUAAAAGUGAAUCAUAAUUUUAUGGCAGUUUUCCGUUGGGAUCCUCCAGAAAAUCCAAAUGGCAUCAUACAAGGUUACAUUAUACGGGCAUGGUACAUAUUGGAUAAUUCUUCAACCCACACAUUUAUGUCAACAGAAGUGGGGUCCAAAGUAGGAGAAUAUAAAGUUUACAAUCUACUGAAACACACAACAUAUUACUUUCAGGUAGAAGCUUAUACAGAGGUAGGCAAUGGAAUUGCAACGGAUCCUGUGAAAGCUGAUGGUGACAUAGAGACGCCAGUUCCUAAAUUGUUGUUGUCAACUGUGGAUGCUGUAAAAAUAUCUGACUGUGAUAAACAUGAAAAUGAAACCCUUUCAAGGAGUGGUGGCCCACCUAUUGAUUUAGCAUUUAUUAGCAAUGAAAACAAAAUAUUCUGGUUGAAUGAAAUUCAAGAGCUCUACUGGUCAACAGCUGAAGGAAAAAAUAGAACAAAGCUUCUGAUGCUAAAUGGAACUGGUACAAGUAUUACCAUUGACUGGGUUUCACGACAUCUUUACUGGUCAGAGAUAGACGAUAAGAGUAUUGGAUCUUCAAUAUAUAGCUUAGACCUGAAUCAGGCUGAGAAAGGUAUUGUCCAACCAAGAAGAGUUGUAAGAAGGCAGAGAAUUGUGCUGAAGAUUGAUGUUCUACCAUCAAAAAGUUCACUCUACUGGAUUGAGAUUAACAGGAGUUCUGUCAGCAGUCUCAUGAGAAGUCGAGUAGAUGGAACCCAUGUUGAACCAUUCUUUUCAGUGAAUAAAAAGAGAAGGAGGAGGCAGAAUUUUCGGAGUGAUUACUGUAACUGUUCUGGUAAUCCUGUUCUGGGGAAAGCAAUGACAGUUGAUCCAGCAGACUUCAUAAACCCAAAAAUAUUUUGGGUAGAUGGUUGGCAAAACCAGAUAUUUACAUCAGAUAUUGAUGGCUGUAAUUGCACAGUAGUUGUGAAUGCCACACAUAGAAAAGCAGGACUGCCACCAACAUCAUUGACUGUGGAUCAUAAGUUUGUAUACUGGUCUAAUGCAACUGAAGGGCGAGUGUACUCUGCUGUUAAAGAUUUGGAUGAUUUGACAAGGGCAGCUACAACUGACAAAGUAAAAUCAGUUGAUAUGUUUGGUGUCCAGCAAAUAAUUGCCCUUGGAUCUCAUUUGCAACCAUUUCCAUCUCCAGAAUGUUUAGUUCCCAUGCAAACAAUGCACAUGGUGAAGUUAAUUAAUAGUACAGAUAAAACACUGAAGUUAGAACUCCCAAAGCCAGACAGAUACCCUCAUUGUGAAAAUAUCUCUCUGGCAACAAUUGAAUACACAGUAUACUAUGGACUGGUGACUGAUGAUGGAACCUCCGAUUGCAGAAAACAUUUAUCUCGUUGUUGGAAAGUGGUCACUUUUAACAGAAUAAUAACAAUUUCAAAUCUGAAACCAUACUCCAAAUAUGUUUUUAUAUUAGAACUGAAGAACUACUACAGUGAAAUGGAAGGAGUUAAUCAUAUAGUAGGUGCACCAAGAGAACUGAGAACAGCAGCAGGUGCUCCAUCUCCACCACAGAAUGUUACAGUCAUUGUUAUAAAUCCAACAAAGGUUAAGGUGCAAUGGCUAUCACCAAAAGAACUGAAUGGCCAGUAUGUUUUGUAUGAACUGCACUGGCGAACAGAAGGUAUGGUUGCAGGAGUCCGACCCAAAGCACAACCAGUUCGUGGAAAUAAACAGCAUGAGUCAACAGAAUUUCAUUCAGCUGAUUUAGCUUCACUUUUACCAGGACACAGUUACAUUGUUUGGGUUCGUGCUUACUCAACAAGUGCGCUGUCAUACAGUGAGAGUGAUACCACAGAAGUGAGAAUGUUCCCAGAACCUGACAAUAUUACACUCAUUGAUCGAAGUCCGUAUCAUCUGAAUUUAUCGUGGAGUUCCACAAGUGAUGUCACCAGCUUUGAACUCCUUUGCUUUGAGGCUUCAACUGAGACUCUCAUAAAAAAUGUAUCAUUUAUUAAUAAUGAAGAGGAGGAAUAUGUUUAUGCUCUGAGUGACCUAAAGCCUAAAAGACGAUACAUGUUCAAACUGGCUUUAUUUUAUCCAACAUCAGAAGAAUUCUACCUGUGGCCUCCAGAUGGAAGAUUUGUAUUUGAAACAUUAGGGGAUCGACCUGGGCUGCCAGGAACACCUUCAGUGACAAAUUUGCAAAAAGGUGUGUACAGAGUGAUGUGGACACCAUCUGAUAGCAAUGGAGCCCAGCUAGAACUCUAUAGUCUUGAGGUGAAAGUGGAUGGACCCAAACAUGACCAGAUAGACAUGAAUUCUACCCAUGAACACGAUGAUACUGCACUGGAGGAAUGGGUUACACAGUACAAUGGAAGUGACAAUUAUUGGAUUAUUUCGGACCUUAGUCCAAGUUUUAGAUAUGUAUUCCGUGUUCGUUCAAAGAAUGUAUAUGGAUGGAGUGAAUACAGUGAAGUGAGUGAACCAUUUGACUUGGCAGAGGCAGCAAUGCUUGCAAAUGAACCAGAUACUGGACUUGUGCUUGGGAUAUCAAUUCCUGUGGCUUUACUAUGUAUUACUGCUAUUGUCAUAUUAAUAACUGUAUGUGUCUUGCGACGUCAAGUGAAGGAAAAGAAACAUCUUCAAGCUGCAGCAUAUCCAAGCAAUCGACGUCUUGAUGUUGAGCUAGCAACCCUAAGAGAGCUACCUCGAAGAGGGAAUUUUAUUCAGAACAGUAAUGCUCUGUAUUCAGCAAAUUACAUUCCAACUGAAGAGGAUCUUGCACUUUUGCCUCAUAUCAGAAGAGAUCAAAUUACUCUUACAAAGUUUUUGGGGAGUGGUGCAUUUGGAGAAGUUUUUGAAGGGAAUGCAAAAGACUUGGAAAACUCAGGAGGAAUUAUAACAAGAAUUGCUAUUAAGACAUUGCGGAAAGGAGCUAAUGAAGAAGAGAAAGCAGAAUUUUUGAAAGAAGCACAACUGAUGAGCAAUUUUAAGCAUGAUCAUAUUCUACAGCUCUUGGGCGUAUGCUUAGACAAUGAUCCUAAUUUUAUCAUCAUGGAAUUAAUGGAAUGUGGUGACCUGUUGAGCUACCUUAGGAACAGUCGAUCCAAUAUUCAUUCAAGCAAUGCUCUUACAUUGUUUGACCUGAUUGCCAUGUGUGUUGACGUGGCAAAGGGAUGCAGAUAUUUAGAAGAGAUGCAUUUUGUUCAUCGAGAUCUUGCUUGCCGCAACUGCCUUGUAUCAUCUAAUGAUCCUCAAACAAGAAUUGUAAAAAUUGGUGAUUUUGGUCUUGCAAGAGAUAUAUACAAGAACGAUUAUUAUCGGAAAGAGGGCGAAGGUCUGUUGCCUGUUCGGUGGAUGGCACCAGAGUCCUUAGUGGAUGGUGUGUUCACGACUCAGUCUGAUGUCUGGUCUUUUGGUGUACUGACAUGGGAAAUAAUGACUUUUGGUCAACAGCCAUAUCCAGCAAGAACAAACCUGGAAGUGCUACAUUAUGUGAGAAAUGGUGGACGACUUGGAAGACCUAACAGCUGUCCUGAUGAAUUGCAUGACCUUAUGCAGAAAACAUUUAGCUACAGUGCAGAAAGUAGACCCACUUUUAAAUUCUGUUUGGAAGUUCUGGAGAAUUUGAAAACACGGAUCAGAGAUACUAGUGCUGCUGUUCCUAUGGGCCACUAUGUGACAAGGCUUCAGAAUGGUGGUUCAUGGAAGACAGUGAAUGAAGCUGAUGGCACAAAUCAAAUCCCAUUUUUUGGUAUAUUAGGAGAAAAUCAAAUGAUGUCCAUGGCAAAUGAGCAUGUUGGAGACAUUGAUAUUCCAAAGUACCUUGAACUAAUUUGUGAAUCUUCCCACAUAUCACAAGUUCCAGUGAGUGAUGGUUAUGAGGUGCCACGGCCUGCCCCUAUGGCACCAAGUACAACCACAAAAAUUCUUGAAGCUGUUGGCAGGAGUCGAACACUGUCCACAUCUUCAACACUCAGUGACUCUAGUGUUUCAACCACUUCUUCAUGUCAACGUGAUCCACUUCCCUUGCAAAAAAGUAAUAGUAUUGGUGACUGCAAUGACAGUAUUACUAGCAGCAGCAAUAAUAGUAGUAAUAUGAGGUUUAAUGUUGUGGAGACAUUGCCUGAUGUUGUUGAAUCAUUACCUGAUAUUGUGCAAGAUAAUGAUUUGAAUGGCAGUCAGUUUUACUACCCCACAAUAACUAAGAAGAAUGGUGAAAGUGAACUAACUUCUCUUGAACAUUUGUUACCUCCAGCUGUGGCUUUUAGUCAAAUAUUGGUUAAUAAUGCUGACUUAAUAGACAGGCAUGUGAACAGCCAUGUUGGAAAUAAUUCAGAACUGUCAUGUUACAGUAAUGUUGGUAAUGAGUGUGUAUUGGAAGAGAAACCUAAUGUAAAUACAUACAAUCUCUGCAAUGGCAACAUUUGUGUUCCAUUUACAGAAAAAAGUCUGAAAAAAUCUGAAAAGAGUGUGGUUCAGAAUUAAUCAUAUUAAAAUAUGAAGAUAUUGAUUAGUUCAUGUGUGUGUGUGUGUGUGUGUGUGUGUGUGUGUGUGUGUGUGUGUGGGAGAAAGAGAGAGAGAGAGAGAGAGAGAGAGAGAGAGAGAGAGAGAGUUCUUGGAGUAAUUUAAAUUAUUUGUGAAUGUUAAAGUACAACAAUCAGUGAAAUCUAGUUCUCCUGCCAUUAUUCCUGUACAGAUGUUUAUUUUUUAAAUGAGAUAUCCAUUUUUUAUCAUUUGUACAUAAAAUCAUAUUUCAUAUUGAAACAUUGUGAAUAAUUUUUAAGCUUUGUUUAUAUAUUUUCAAUUUAAUAAUGACUGAUGCUGCGUUAAAGUUAUUUUUUAGUGAAAUCUGUUGCAAAAUUAAGUGUAAAGUAAAGGAUGGGUUUAACUUUUUUAGGUUCUUUAUUGCAUUCUGCAAUUCACUGAUCAGAGUAAUGUUUCUGAGGUAAAUAUUCCCCUUGGUUUUCCACUCUGUGAACCACUGUUUAUCUUCAUAGUUAUUGUGUUUAACUCUCAAGUAUCUAAUCUCUAGUCCAUACUGUAAAGAUGCAAGAAAAUGUGAAGUCCUACGUUAAAUGUGUAAUAAGAAUCAUGCAGGCGAAAACAAAAGUUCACUAUUUCGUGAUAAUUCAGUGCUCACUUUCCAAGGUGUUAGGUAUUAGAAAAACUAGAUGUGAGGUAGAAGGAGAAAGUUGUAAGGGCACAGCUAAGCUGUAGUCAUAUUCUGAAGGAUGUAUUGUGAAUGCACUGUGCAUUAUCUUGUUGCUAAAACUGUUCUUGCCAUCAAAGCAGCCAGUAAUAACAGGAAUUAAUUCAUCCCCUCCACAAACAUGCACACACAGCAUUGUAAUUAGCUUGUAUACACACUUAGGAGCAAAAAUGUAAGUACUCAAGAAAGAUGGAGGGGAAAGGGAUAAUGUACAGAACCUGUGUGUGUAAAUUAGAUCUUAUCAAAAAAAAUAAUGAAUAAAGUCAGGUGUGAUAUCCACUUUACUUGUGUUUUGAAGAACAUGCUCACUUUUCCAUAGCUUGUAAGGAAGAGAUGAUAAUUUGUAGUCUUCAAAUUCGAAAAGAAAUAUAUGUGUGUGGAAAUAUGA